GGGAGGCGGGACCGGAAGCGGAAGCGGUGGCCAUGGCCGGCUACGCGGUGGCCAACGACCGGCUGCGGGUGCUGGAGGAGCUGGAGCGGGAGAUCGCGGCGGCGCUGCAGAGCGCGGGCCUGGUGAUCCUGGAGCUGUCCAAGGAGAAGCCGGGCGAGCGCCCCCUGGAGCGCCAGUCCGCCCAGUUCAGCGCCGCCCUGCUCAAGGUGGAGGCCGAGCUCGCGGCCCAGAUCCGGUACCUGACCCAGGUGGCUACGGGGCAGCCCCACGAGGGCUCCACUUAUGGGGCGCGCAAGAGCUGCCAAAUGGCCCUCAACCGCCUCGAUUACGCCCGCCUCAAGCUGGGGGACGUGGCCCGAGCCUGCGAACAGCUCCUGGAGACCUAA